CGGGGCCUAGGCAGUUACCGAGGAACCGUUGCCUUGGCGACAUGCAUGUACGCAUGCGCACGUGUUUAUUCACUAUAUACAAUUGUUUAGUUCUUUAACAAUCAAUUUAAGCGCUUGCGCGCGCGCGCCAUUUGAAUCUGUUCGCCACCCUUAUUAUUUAAGUAAACACCUCUUUUUUUUAUUAAUACUUUAUCAACAUCUUUUGACUCAUUCUUUCCUUUUUUUAUUAUAAUCUUCUUCUUUGCUUCUUAAUUUAUUUUUUAUCUCUCUACGUUAUUGAUUUUUAUUUUCAUUUUUUAAAUUAUUAAUAUUCUCUUUUGUAAAUCCAACUUCCACCCUUUUUCUUACCUAAAAAUUCUCCCCUCCACAUUUAAAAUUUCCUUCUACUCGUAUAGUGUCUCGCGCCACAUUAACGGGAGUUAGGAGCACACACGCUGAUAAUACUGUCAUUGUUGAUGAGAGGAGGACCUGCGUGCAUAUUCCAACAAGUUUUUUUUUUUUUAAAAAACAUGCCCUCGUAUAAUUUUAUUAAAAAAAAUUUCCUACAUGAAUUUCUUGUACAUAAAUAUUGUCAAGACUAUAGAAAUGAUUAACUCGGCAUAUGUGUUGUUUAUUUAAAAAAAACCAAGUUUUCUUGUGCUAAUAAAUUUUAGCUAACGAAAUGGAAUUUGGAAAAAAGAUGAGUUUCAAAGAACACAGAUUUAUUUGUGAAAAUAUUAUUGCAGUAUUAUUAAUAAGUUAAUUUGAAAAUAUUAUUGAACCCGACAAAAAAGUGUUUUUGCACCCAGUAUUAAAUGAAUGCAAAAAGAAGAUUUUUCAGGGCUUUAAAGUCUUGUGUUUUAAAUAAUAAAGACUUAUUUUUGUGCAGAAUAUUAUUGAACAGUUUUGUGAUUCUCAGUGAUCAGUGUUCGUUAUUAUUACUAUUGAAUAUUAAUCCAAGUGUUUAUAAAAAUUGGAAAAUAUUUUCCUACAAGGACUUGACUUAAAAAAAUGAAUAAGUCAAUUUUAAUUUUAUAUCAUUCCCAUAAAGAGAAAGCGGAAGCCAAAGAGAAAUUAAAAAUGAAAAUUAAAGAAGAAUACCAAGUGAAAUAGAAGAAGAAAAAAAGUGAAAAAAGUAUGUAAGAAAAUCAAAAGAAGAAAAACAGUGUAAUUUUUCUUUACGCGAAUGAUUCGAGAAAGUUUUAGAAUUGAAAGAGGAUCAUUUUGGGAGGCUAAAGAGGGAUUUGAACAAUUUAAUAAUUAUUAUUCCGAAGAUAUUGUAAAAUUUGACGAUUCACCAUCGCCUCCCUGCCCCCGCCGGAUGGACGUAAGCGUGUGCUGUUUACCCACUGCCGCUGCCGGCUCGGGGGCCCAACACCCUCAACAUCCAGUGACUUUGUCCUCAACAGGUCAACCAACAAUACAAACAACGUCUUAUCAAUAUACCGAUCAAAUUGUUCCUGAAAGAGGUCAUACAGACGAUCUCACUGUUCUCACAACUGGUACUGGUCAGGAUAACUGGCAACAUGUAUCAUCAUCAUCAUCAUCAACAGUUCCUAAUGCUACGUCAACGACAACAACAACAACCACCAAUACAACUGCUUAUAUUGACUAUUCAUGGCUGCAGAUGCAGACAUCGGACUUGGAUACCCUAUUGUGUCGACAAGAUCUCGAUAGGUUGCAAAAGCUUGAGGAUGACGAGAAGGAUACGAGAGAUCCUUCGGUCCAUAUGGAUGAUUUUUUUCAAGUCAGCAACACUUCAUGUCGACCACAAGCAAGUUUUGUAUCACCUCGAAGUAGUCAAUCAACGGGCAAUGGUGGCGGUGAUGACGACGUUUUUCUCAGGCCACCACUUUGGGAAGAUAUUACCUCGAGUAUUCAAAAAUUGGAUCCCGAAAAUGCUGAUAUGCUAGCCUCUCAAUCGCAUGUGAAGUUAGAAACAGAAGACGUUGUAACAUCUCCUGUUUUAUCACCAGUAGAAAUAAAAACCGAACCAUUACCCUCGAAUCCCACACUACAUUUGCUUGAAGGACCCACUAGUAAUUCGACAUUUAUCAAUAGGCAUUCGGCAAGUGGACAAUCGGUAGUUUUAAAUCAUAGAGCAACAACAACGGCAUUUAAAAUAUUUCCAACGACUAAUAGCACAAAUAAUAAUAAUGAUUCAUCGACAAAUCAUCAUCAAGCUAAUACAAGUACAACAUCGCCGGCGUUAUAUGGUUCAAUGAAUAGGUUAAUGUACGUGUCACCAUUGACGCCACCAAUUUCCGAUCCUGGUUCACCACUUGGUGGACCACCUAGGCGAACACCUCCUCCUCCGUAUCCACAGCCUCCUAUUAUUAAUGCACCUCAUAGAAUUCAAUCUCAAUCUAUCACUAAAUUCAAUAGGAGAAAUAAUCCUGAAUUGGAGAAAAGACGAGUGCACCAUUGCGACUUUAUUGGUUGCACAAAAGUCUACACAAAAAGUUCACAUCUCAAGGCACAUCAGAGAAUACACACUGGGGAGAAGCCAUACCAGUGUCAGUGGCCUGAAUGUGAAUGGCGAUUCGCUCGAAGUGAUGAAUUAACGCGACAUUAUCGGAAACAUACCGGAGCAAAACCUUUUAAAUGUGCUGUAUGUGAACGAUCGUUUGCACGAAGUGAUCAUCUUGCACUUCACAUGAAACGACAUUUACCUAAACAACAUGCGAAGUAAAAUUCCCUCUUUCUCUAUACAUAUAUAGAAAUUUUACUUUUUAUAAUUUUUAACAAUUUUUAGUACAUUUAUAAUUUAUAGGUAAUGAGAUUUAUGCGUGAAUUUUGUAUAUUUGUGUUGAUAAAUAAUUUGCAGGUGUGUAUUUAUAUAUAUAUAUAAGAACGUGUAUUAAGUAUUCAUGAUGUACUUAUACACACACCAAUGCAACGUCUUCGACUGACUCACAAUCAGUAUGUGUGUAUGUGUGUGAUCUUAAGGAGAUCGCGGUCGAAUCGCGUUGGUGUCAAUCGCUAUGUGCUGCCCAUUGUUCUUGUCGCUAGAAUAAACUGUAUAUGAUUUUAUGAAACUUUGCUAAGUGUAGAACGAAAUUCAUUAUAUUUAUACAAAAUAUAUUGAAUUAACUUAUUGCGCAUCAAACUACUUUUUUUAAAUAUAAAUUAUAUUUCAAUUCAAAAUAAUUAAUAUCUAUCAAAAUUUGUUCCUUAUACUGAAAAAAAAUUUAUUUCAUUCAAAUAAAGAUAAUUUUUGUAUUUUGAACAAAUUGACUCAAAAAUUAUAACUGUUAAAAUUAUUUAUUUGAUAAUACUCAAGUAACUGAUUAUUUGAAUGAAAUUUUUCUUGAGUGUAUAAAUAACUCAAAGUUUUAAUUCAAAACAAUUGAAAAAACAAAUUCUGAGUUUAAAAGAAGAUACAAAAAUCAAAAUUUGUUAGUAAUUUUUUUGUUUAAAAAUAGUUUGAUGCAAAUAAUACUCAUGCAGUCUAGUUGUAGGGAAUUUUUUUUUCUUUUUUUUUAUCAUUUGCAAUAAUGAAAUUGAAAGAUGGUUUCAAUGGGUUCACAAAAAAAAACUACUGUUGUACUAGACUGUUCACGUCCAUAUAGUGGCUGGUCCACUACAUAAUAGAAAAAAACACAACUAUAUAAAUAAAUAUAAUUGUAUACAUAGAUACGCAAAAAAUAGUAUACAUUCAUUUCCAUGUAGAAAUAUUUUUUCGCGAAUACACCGUACGUUGCACAUUAUAUACAAGAAGGGUAAACUUUGCAGAGUACUCUAAAAACCGUAUGCUAUACGUGAUAUUUAAAAAAAAAAAAUAAAAAUAAAUGUUAAGACUUUUUUUUGUCUUCAUAUUGCAAGCAAUGCAGUAAAACAAAAUUAUUAAACAACACAUUUUAAAUAUAUAUUUGAAAGAAAAAUGUUCGAUUCAAGACAAAUCAAACAUAAAAUUAUUUGGUUCAAAUAAAUAUUUACUUGAUAACCGAUUACUUGAAUCGAAUAAAUUUUAUUUUUCAAUGUCAAUGGAUCGAAUUUAAACUUUCAUUUACAUAAAAAUAAUUCGAAUAUAAAGUAAUAUUAUUUUAUUAAUUGUAUGCUCCUGAUCUGUCUUCCAACUGUGAUAUUAGUAUGAAGAUGAU